CGAUGCCAGGUUACCUCGCUGUGCCUGUCCCGCCGCAGCCGCCGCCGGUCUUCUCCCAGUCUGCGCUUCGCCAUGCCUGCGGGAGCGAUACCAGGGACAGCAAUUCAAAAACAGCAACUCAGCCCAACUCGCGAUCCUAUUGGACAGAGGUUCCGUGACGUCACGAGCGCGCCAGUAGUGCUCGCUGGUUGGCUGCGGGAGCUGGGAGGCUGCAGGGUGUUAAAGCAGCCCGCUUAGCCUGGCUGUCACCGCGGGUAACACACGGCAAUAGCUCUCACAGGCAGCGCGGGUAACACACAGGGCAUCAACGCCGGCUAGAGGAAGGUGAGGCUGGGUCACGUGACACCCAGUGAAGGGCGCUCGGCAGCUCGGCGAUCGAUAACAAUGGCUGAGACGACACCUCGCUCCUCCUCCUCCUCAGUCAGACAUUGUUUUCUAUAGUGUCCCUGGAAUCGGAGCGUGAGUGUGCACAGUAACAAUGUCAACUGUAUUCCGAAAUAAACAAAACGUGAAAAAAGACACCCGUCUACGCUGAUGGGCCACAUAACAUGGAGACUCUCGCUGGGGAGAUAGCCGAGAGGUAGACUUUUGCCAGGUUCAAAAAUGUCUGACGGUCCUCGGCAUUUAUAGACGUCAUCAAGUGGCGACACCGCCAGCCUGGCCUGAACAUCCCGAGACAGCACCAUGGCAGGGAGCAGGCUGGAGAAGCUGGGCACAGUGUACACCCGGUAUGUAACCCUGUGCUCGCAGACAAUGGCAUUACAUCAAUUAUCUCACAGACAGCAGUGACACACCGAGCAGGUGUUUGAACCCCCCAUCGGCCAGCGGAUAAAAUAUGUUCAUGGACAUUUAUCACUGCAUGCUGAUAGGCAGCACACAAAAAAAAUACAUUUUUUUUUUUGUUUGUAAUUUUUUUUAUUUGCAUAUUAUUCAGGUUACAACAGAUGCAAAGGAAAGACAGUAAAUUACUAAACAAUGAGAGAUACACAGUGGUACAUGUAGUAUCAAUGCCUCGUCUAUGUAAUACAUAGAUAUAUUCAUAUAUAUAUAUAUAUAUAUAUAAUACAACAUAAACUUCUAACUGUCCCCAGGUCACUUUUCACACUGGCUCUUGCUUAAGACAUCUUUGGCCCAUCCAGAAACAGUUGAUUGCCACCAAGUAACUAGUAUGAGCUGGCUUAUUGUGACCUUUAUUGGGACUGAAGGCUAGGAGUGGGAUCAGUAGUACAUUUGACCGUCAGCAGCAGGGCCACCAUCAGGGCAUGACCACCAUAACGGUUGUCAUGAGCCCGGCAGUCCUGGGGGGGCCGGACUGCUCAGGUCGUCCUGGGCCCCACAUUCAGUGGCGUACAUACCGGGGUCCCAGGGGGCCCAGCCGACCUGCGACCCGGUAUGUACCCACUGUGGCCAGCCUCUUCUCCUGGUGGGCCCUGGUGUCGCCGGGCGCGAGGGAGCACUCUCCCCUGAGUGCUUCUUCUUCAGCUCCCUCGCGUACCGCACUGUUGCCGGAGCCGGAAGAUGACAUCAUAUUCUGGCUCCGGCAUCAGUACGCGGCGUGUGAGGGAGCUAAACAGGAAGCACUCAGCCAGGGAGAGUGCUCCCUCGCACGCGCCCGCCAGCCUGUCCGCCGGGUGACACCACUGGACACCAGGGAAUCCCCUCAGCACUUCCAAAGGUAGGGAGGCUGGGGGGAUGAAAUUAAAAAAAAAAAAAAAUGUGUGUGUGUGUGCGUUAGUGUCAGUGAGUGUGUUUCUGUGUGUGUCUGUUACUGAGUGUGUGUCUGACAGUAAAUGUAUGCGUCUGUUCGUGAGAGUGUGUGUGUCUUAAGCACUUCCCUUUCUCCAGCGCCGGACUCUCUUGGCGCUGGGGAUCUCUCCUCCCUGAUCCGCCUCUCAGCUGCGAAUGCGCAUGCGUGGCAAGAGCCGAGCGCGCAUUCAAACCGCCCAUAGGAAAGCUUUAAUCAAUGCUUUCCUAUGGACGUUCAGGGUCUUCUCGCUGUGAUUUUCACAGUGAGAAUCGCGGAAGCUCCUCUAGUGGCUGUCAAUGAGACAGCCACUAGAGGCUGGAUUAACCCUCUGAAACUGCUAUGUUUUUAGCUGCAGGAUUAAAACUAGAGGGACCUGGCACCCAGACCACUUCAUUGAGCUGAUGUGAUCUGGGUGUCUGUAGUGGUCCUUUAAGUGUAUCUGCAUGCACUGGCGUACAUACCGCGGUCGCAGCCCUGCGACCAGUUGCCCGCCACCAUGUGUUGCGGCCCAAGCCCGUGCAGAGUAAGCGCGCGUGGGGGGGGACGGAUCAGUUUUCGCACCGGGGCCCCAUGGGUUGUGUGUACGCCACUGCCCACAUUAGCUAUGUGCACACAUAUAUAACGAUUAACGCUAUAUAUGUGUGCACUGCGGGCCCCCCGCUACCUGUAUUCUGCAGGGGGCCCAGCACACUUGAAAUAUACUGCCCAGAUGCUCUGUCGAAGUCUCGCGAGCGAACAUACACUCUGCAGUCAUUACACACACUACAUCCUUACACAAACACACACUCUGGAGUCACUACACAAACACACACUACUUCCUAACACACACACACACUUUGUAGUUACUACACACACUACAUCCACUACACAAACACACAGUCUGCAGUCACUAUACACACAUUAAAUACUUACACAAACACACACUAUGUAGUCACUAUACACACACUACAUCGAAUAACACAAAGACACACUCUGCAUCCACACACUGUAUUCACUAAACACUACAUCCACUAUACACACUCUGCAUUCACUACACACACACACACUACAUCCACUACACAAACACACACUCUGCAUUCACUAUACACAUCGCAUUUAAUACACACAAACACUACAUCCACUACACAAACACACAUACACUCUCUGCAUUCACUAUAAACACACACUCUGCAUCCAAUAUACACCUCAUACAUUACACAAAUGUACAAUCUGCAUCCACUAUACACACUGCAUCCGUUAAACACACACCGCAUCCACUUAAAACACAAACUCUGCAUCCACUAUACACACACCAGAAUCAGUAGAGACACUGCAUCCCUGUGGACAGACUCGGGGGGGGGGCAGCAUUUUGGGCGGACUCGGGUGCAGGCACCGGGGGGCCCAGACCUUGAGCUGUAUCAGGGGCCCCAAAAUUUCUGAUGGCAGCCCUGGUCAGCAGUAUUGUACUAGUAUGGCUUUUAUGUUACCAAUUCAUAACCCGUGUAUAAUGUAACUUCGGGUUCAGUAUUUGGUAUAAGCUGUAGCCAGUGCCUCCAAUGCGUAUUGUUCUGUAGGCAAGUUGUGCUUAUAUAGGCCUCGCUGCCAGCCCUAAGGGGGAGAUGGGGGGGGCGUUCCCUACAAGGGAUAGGAUCCUUGUUUCUCAAUUUUAGCAGUCAUUACCAGAUGUGGGUUUACUCUUUGCGGUAUGUAAUUUUUGUGGGGUUUGUCACAAAAAUGUCAGACUGGAGCAGUUUAAAUGGAGUCCAGGAGAAAUUAGAUUAUUUAAAAGUUGCGCUGCUGAAGGCAAUAGAAAAUUGCAUUAGGCUUGUCAGUAAAAGCAAAAAAAUUUAAGAAACCACUGUGGUACUCCGCAGAUGUGGCGAAAAUAGUAAAAAACCCAAAAAGUCAGCCUUUAGUAAUUAUAAAAAAAAAAAGUGAGGAAGACAGACAGAUCUAUAAGAUUAGUCAGAAAGAGGCCAUGCAAGUUAUGAGUUUCCAAAUCACACACAGAAGAGAUAAUAGCACAGUUCAAAAGUCUUUUUGCUCACAAUAUUCCCAGGACGUGUUUCGCCGUGAAGGCUUCCUCAGCUGGAUGUGAAAAAAGUCUGUUUCCUUCUUGUACUGGCUCCUGCUAUAUGUACCCCUCCGGGGUGAAGAUGCUUAAUUUUCGGCUUGAAUUUUCGCGGGCUAUCACCAUAGUGAUGGUGACGCCCAGCGUGUCAAGCCUCUUUUCCUAUCCAUUUCCGGGUACCACUGUCGGUUCAUCACUUCCAGUUUUUUCGAUCGCAAGCCGUCGCGUCAUAUCCGUGCGUUCCAGCUUGCGUUCCAGCUUGCGGUUCAACUUCCCUAUAUCAUAUUAAGCCGGCAAAGUCACGGACAGGAGUAUAUUCGAAGCAAGGUUACCAGUGGGGUACCUCAGGGAUCUGUACUUGGACCCAUUCUCUUUAAUAUUUUUGUUAGGGAUAUUGCAGAAGGUCUUGAUGGUAAGGUAUGUCUUUUUGCUGAUAAUACUAAAAUUUGCAACAGGGUUGAUGUACCAGGAGGGAUAAGUCAGCGUGGGAUAGGCAUAAGGCUAUCCUAGACUUAAGAUAAGGCCAGGUACUUAUUAAAAGUAUUUUUAAAUAUUUGGCAGACUAGAUGGGUCGAAUGGUUCUUAUCUGCUGUCACAUUCUAUGUUUCUAUGUAUGUAUUGUUAGGGUACUUUUGUGGUGUUUGGGAAAAAGUGUGUGUGUGUGUUUUUUUUUCUGUGCUUGGAGAUAAUUGGAUUAGAUUAGUACAGUUCCUGAUCGAAGUAACUCCCAGUCCCAGAGAAGGGAUUAUCUGAUUUUUGUAUGGGAGUGUCCUGGACCUGAGAGCCAAUGUAAUUGUGUAUUUGUUUUUAUUGUGGUUUACUCAUGGGGACAUGCAUAUAAGGUCAGUUGUGGCCACCAUUAAAGUGUUCCAGCUUGUACUCCCAGAACUAUGUGUAGUCUGGUUACUGGGAGAGUAAAGGGCUAUUCUUUAAUCACUGUUCCAGUGUGGAGGAUUCAACGGGGAAACUCCUUGUAAAGACUAGAGCUCCCAGGACUGAGUGUUGUCCAGUGCCUGUGGGUUGCUAGAGUGAGUUACUCAUUCGGCUCCAGGAGAGAGUGGUUCCAGGGCCCAAGUCAAGCUACGGUGACUGUGGGCAGCAGUACUGUGGUUUGUCCCCUAUUCCAGCUAGGAAGCGAUCCUUGGCGGAGGUACCCAGCCGGGGUACAGGGAGCUGCGUCACAAGGGGUAUCAGUAGAUUUGCUGCCGUCAGCAGGUGGAAUAACAGUAUAUUGGUGGGUUUGUGUCUCUGAACCUCAAUGAGCCCGAAUAAGAGGGAUUUGGGGUCUAAAGGCAGAGGUACUGCUGUGAUUUUCUUAAUGAGUUUCGAGAUUUUGUCCCAGAAUCGUUGGCUAAUGGGGCACGACCACCAUAUAUGUAUUAGUGUGCUUUGUGGCUGUUGACAUCUCCAGCAGCUAUCCGGGAUAGUUUGUGCCACGGGAUCUUGUGUAGAGACAACCAAAACCUAGUCGCCUCGAUACCCAUUGUUUCAUCGUGUUUGGGUUGGACCAUUCAAAAUUUCUCGUUGGGAAAACUGCUUUUUGGUAGACUUCAAUGUUCGGCAGGCCUAAGCCUCCCAGAGACUUGGGUCUUGACAACAUGUCAAAUGGUUUCCUAGGGUGUUUGGAUGCCCAUAUGAAUGAGGGCUCCUCUUGGAAAAAUGAUUUUGGGAAUGAGAAUGGGUAGCGCUUGCAAGAGGUAUAGCAGAUGCGGAAGGGCAUUCAUUUUUAAAAUGUUGAUCCGAUAUUGCCGUUUCUCAUAUGCACUGGAACAGACAGUUGGCCAUUAAUGUUUAGUUUUGCCGUGGGUUCCAAAUAAAUUGUCCCCAACUACCAUAACCAAUUUUGUCCAAAUCCCAUGGCCCGUAGUGUAGUGAAGAGCAUUGACCAGUCCACCCUGUCAAAAGCAUUCUCGGCAUCAAUUGAGAGCAAUAAGCUCUGUUGUGUAGAUGAUGUGGAUAAAUUGAUCAAAUUCAAUAGCUUGGUGGUGUAAUUUCUAGCUUGCCUGCCCGGCACGAAACCGGCCUGGUCAGGGUGGACCAGUGUCUGCAUGAAUGAGCGUAGGACAGUGGCUAAAAUUUUGGUGAAUAGUUUAAGGUCUACGUUUAUUAGAGAAAUAGGGUGGUAGUUCCCGCAGAUCGUGGGGUCUUUGCCUGGUUUAGGUAAUAAAGUGAUGUAUUCUUCCAGUGCAGAAGGAGGGCGUCUGGGAGUAGUUAGCAGGGAGUGAAAGGCCCUUAAAAAGGGUUAAAUAAAUUCUAUUUAAUUCAGUUAAAUUCCAGAAUUUCCAGCUUUCAAACAGGAAUGCACUCCUUUUGCUGUAUGACUUGAAACUGUGAUCUAUAUAUAAAAAUCCUAGGUAUGGGGUAUUUUGAAAAUCAAGUCAGACUAAUUAAGCAAUCUAUUUUUUUAUUUUUUUACAUACUUUUCUAUUGCUGCACUGUUUUCUACAAAUUAUCAACAUUUUCAAUUUUCUCCAUACUAAACGAGGAGUUAUUUAUUUAUAUAGGGUAUAAAAAUAAAGCCCUACAUGUGUGUAAUAAAGGUAUGUGUACAACAUGAGUAACAGGGAAGUUAAAGGGACUCUGUAAUGUUAGGAAUACAAAUUUGGGGCUAAUGCGUGGAAACGCUACAAGUUCAUUAGCAGUGCUUUCCUAUGGGGAUUUUACUGAUGCUGGAUGUCCUCAUGAAGAGCGUGAGGAUGUAUAGAGUCAGUUAGGCAACCAAAAGUCAGUUAGCGAGCAGGAAGUGCCCAUAGUGGCUGUCUGACAGCCACUAGAGACCAUCUUAGUUCUGCAAUGUAAUUAUUGGAGUUUCUCUAAAACUGCAAUGAUUUACAUUGCAGGACUAAGUGGGACUGGGACACUGCACCUAAACCACUUCAGUUAGAUGAAGUAGUCUGGGUGACAAGAGUGUCCUUUUAACUUUGCGCAAACACAACAAAAAUUUAAAUAUUUUGCUUGCCACAGAUAGGUUUAUUACAUUCUAUUAAAAUAUAUUCCGUUAAAAUUUCUUUCUGAUAAUGAGAUACCUAGUUGUCUAUUAUAAAAUUAAUUUGAUUUUGCUUAUUUUCCCAUAGAGUACGAGAUCUAUUGCGUUCAGGAGUUAUUAAACCAAAUAAUAAGCCAAUCUGGUUUGAUGUGUAUACUGCUUUCCCACCAAAAAGAGAGCCAUUAUAUGAAAAACCAUCUACGAGUCGAAAAGUCGAAGACAAUGUGCCUGCCAUUUUCUAUCAAGAGGAUUUAAUUAGAGCGUGAGUAAAUAAAUGAAUCCUUGGCAUUGCCUCAUGUUUCUUGUUUUUGUUCUAGCCCAGAGAAUAAUAUUUUGGAAAUUCUGAUACAGAAAUUCCAUGUGCUGCUCGCAUGAACAUAACAUUCUUUUAUAUGCUAUUAAAUAGGUAAAAGUUGGAAGAAACAUUUAACUGCCUCUCUGACAUUACUUUCAAGAAUUGACAGGAAUUUAUUAGUGAAUUCCAAAAUAGCCAAACCACCUUAAUUUACUUUAGAUUGUACAUUCCCCCCCUUGAUUCCCUAUAGUCCCAGGUUUGAAUAACUCUCUGAUUAUUUUGAGUUUUUUUUAUGAUGGGUAACAUUUCUAAUUCCUAAUGGGGUUUCUUUAUCAAUCAGUAAAUUUAAGAAAUUAAUUUUACCAUUUGUUUUUCGAAUCAAUUUUUAGUGAACAAACCCAUUCAAAGGGAACAAGUUGAACAGAGGAACAUUUUUUUGUUUGUUUUUUCUUUAAGACUCAAAUCUGGGAGACAGAUAAAUGUACUUUAGUUGUGCUUAAAGAGACCCUUUAUUUGUUUUCUCAUCUAGGGACAAGAAAAUGCUUUAUAUCUUUUUGUAUUUUGUACUGAACAAACAUACUUAAUAUAUUUUCUUCUUCUUUUUCUUUUAUUUUCUCACACACAACAGAAAGUUCUAUGAAGCAUAUGGCAAUGGGCCAAGAGUUUUUGAAUUGAGACAAACAAAUUUUAGAUCCACAUGCCAGAGGUAAGUUAUAAAGAAUAUUUCAAAGAUAGCUCUCCAUGACAAUCCUUCAUUUGGUUUUCAUGUGAUAACUCUUUCUGAACAUCGGCCAGUAUUGUGUGUUUGUUUUCAGCACCAUCACAGUUCAUAAAUGCCUUAACCAUUUUCUAAAUACUGCCUCUGAAACGAAGCUCAGUUUUAUGUUGCUGACGGUUUUAACUUUUGUUGGGUAGAACAGUCUUGAAAGCUGUAUGCUGACAUUGAAAUAUUAAUGGCACAUUUACAACCUGUGCAAUUAUAACACAGAAGUGAUAAGUGAUGUGUGACAUUAAAUAUUUUGUGUUCCUAGUCAACACUGAUAUCUGUGUGUUUCUUUAAACAUGUUUAACCCCUUAAGGACACAUGACAUGUGUGACAUGUCAUGAUUCCCUUUUAUUCCAGAAGCUUGGUCCUUAAGGGGUUAAAGCCAUGGCGACUAAGAUUUUUGCCUUGUGCCUCUCCCGGUUACUCCUUUUCCAUAUGCCCUUAGGCUAUACGGAUAGUUUUGUUUUUUUUCACUCUCCUUUUUAACCCCGGCAAAAGGGUCCAGUGACCUAAAUGAUGACUAGGGCACUAUAGCACUAAGGAUAUUUAUUUGUAUUCCUAACCCUAUAGUGUUCUUUUAAUAAUGUUAAUAGCAAAACAAUAUACCUUACUGUGUGAUCAAGUAUCCAAACAAAUUUUAUUUUUUAUUCAGUUGUUGUUCAGUUGUAUAUCAGACUGAUUUAAGUCCUUUAGAAAAGGCUUGCCCCUAUUGACAAAUUGGGUAUUGGUAUAACACCUUGUUGUGAGCAGUGUUCAUUUAGUUGACUAACAAUUUUCAUUAAAUACAAUUUUUUUUUUAUUUAGCCGACUAAAAAUAGACUAAAACUAAAACAAUUCAGAUGACUAAAAUACGACUAAAACUAAAAUAGCAUUUUAGUCAAAAGACUAUGACUAAAACUAAUUUGAAAUUAAGUUUUUGUCAUAGUCUACCAAAUUUAACACUGCACAGAGGGGCUGCGGAAGGGGCAAAAGAGAGAGACACCUCAAGGGGCUGGGAGCAGGACCGGACAGGGGAUACAAAGCAUCCCUGUAAAAAAAAAAAAAUCAAUGCCAGCCCAAUAAGUCAUAUAUUAAUUACACACACUCUGAAAGGACCAAUAUUUUGAAUUAGAAAAAUAAAUGUACCAAUAAUAUGUAAGGCUAUGUUUUGCCACCCUAUAUGAUUGAUAUAUCUCUAUCUAUCAUCUGGGGUGGGAAAACAUGGCCUUACAUAUUAUUGGUAUAUUUAUUUUUCUUAUUCAAAAUAUUGGUCCUUUCAGAGUAAAACAUUUAAUUAUACAGUAUGCAUACACACUCACUGACACAAGCUCAUUGAUGCACAGGCUCACAGACAGACAACCUUAUUGAUAUACAUACGCUCAUUGACAUAAAAACACAAGCUCACUGACAGACAAUCUCACUGACACACACAGACAAGCUUAUUGGUACACAAACAAAUUUAGUACAGACAAACUGACACGCACAAGUUUACUACAGACAAGCUCACUUUCACACACACUUGCUCACUACAGACACACACAUGCUCACUGACACACACAAGCUCAAUCAGGAGCAGGCACACACACCAGCUCACUCAGGAGCAGCCACACACAUACACUCACUCAAAAGCAGGCACACACACACACAUACACAUACACUCACUCAAAAGCAGGCACACAAGCUCACUCACUAGCAGCCACAUACAUACAAGCUCCCUCACUAGCAGCGACACACACACGCACAAGGUCACUCACUAGCAGCCACACACAUACAAGCUCACUCGCAGUCAUACACACACACACACACACGUUCACUCACUAUCAGGCACACUCACUUAACCUGCUCACUAGCAGCUACACACACAGUCUAAGCCAGCAUCAAUCUACGCCAACAUCAGUCUAAAUAAACCAGCAUCAGUCUAAGCCACCACUAGCAGGAACACACACUCGUUAACUCACUAGCAGGAACACACACUCGUUAACUCACUAGCAGGAACACACACACAAGCUCACUCACUAGCAGGAACACACAAGCUUACCUGGCACUGGUAGGUGAAGUUGACAUGUUGUGGCCUAUUCCUUCCAGCGAGGUCAGCAACGUGUGUGGGGGCGGAGCUUGCGCGCGGAGGCGGGGCAUGCAGCCGAAAUUGCUGUAAGUUUUGAUGGGAGACUGACAGGUCUCUCUCCGGCCGCCAGCAGCCUAAUUGCGGCCGCACCAACCCCCAGCUCCUCCCUCUUAACCCCCCUCGGACUGACAUAGCCUGGCACAGUCCGAGGGGAAAAUAAUUUCAAUGACAUUAGCCUAAUGAUUUGGGCUGACAGCCGGGCCCCAGCUGCCACGGCCCAUCAGGAAAUUUCCCGGUAUCCCGGUGGGCCAAUCCGGCUGGGAGGAUACAAAGAGACACAGAGGUGCUGGGGAAGAGGCCAAAAAGACAGAGGCUUUAAUUAAACCCAUUAGAUUUUAGUCGUGUUGACUAAAAUCUCCAGUAGAUUUAGUCUACUAAAACUACACUUAAAAUAAAACAAUUUAGAUAACUAAAAUGGCUUUUUAUUCAAAAUACUAUGACUAAAAUAAAAUUUGCUGCCAAAAUUAACACUGGUUGUGAUGUAGCAGAAAGCCUUAUUUGUUGAUGCAAUAAAAUUCUAGACAUGUUCCAAGCACUUGAGCAAUACAAUUUUUUUUAGUUUGUUUUACUGUGGGUUUUGCAAGAUUUAUGCUAACGGCUACAUUGGUCACUUCACAGGUUUGUGGAGAAAUAUAUUGAACUUCAGAAACUAGAACAAGAUGAAGAUAAGCUAUUUGAAGAAACAGGCAAAGCACUUCUGGCUGAAGGGAUUAUUUUAAGAAGAAAAGGAAUGUCUGGGGUAAGAUCAGUCAUUGAAAUGUAGGGUGGGAAGGCUUUUUUUGAAAUAACUGUUAUGCUUGAGUGCUGCUGCAGACACAGUCAUAUAGCUGUAACCACAUCACAAGCUGUUAGACUGCAGCAACUAAUCGGCUAGCUGGGCCUGAUGGUUACUUAACAGGUGCACAGUCGCCAUAUGGGCAGGGGGAGGGAUAUAUGACUUGAACCCAACCCACCCAAGACACUUAGGGUUAUGGGUCAAAUCGUCCGCAGCUUUAAUGAUAAUAAAGAUUACAAUAAAUUUUAAAAAAACACCACCACCAAGGUUCUGAGCCACUAAUGGACUUGAAACCUACCAAAACAUGUACAAACCGUGUACCCUUUUAACCAAUCAACUAACCAAUUAACUAACUCCCCUUAUUCCUCUCUUAACUAAGGCCCAUUAUCCUUAAUGUCCCUUACCCCACCCCGCCGCUGUGACCAAUCGGUAAAAAAAGGCUAAAAAGGGAGGGAGGCAAGGACCAACUCUGCUAGGUAAGAAAAUUAGCGUGAGGGGUCAUAAAAUGGCCGACCAUUUAUAUCCGCCAACCCCCAAGCACUGCUCUACCUAGCCCUGUCAGGGCCCUACUCCCUAAGCUGUGCUUUCUCCAUGGGCUUCAUUCACAUUGGCAUGAAUGGGACAGAUAUCCAGGUUAGAGCUUACAAAAAGGGGACAAUAUAACUGAAGACCAGUUUGUCCUUUGUAGACCACAAGAAAAUAUGUAUUCAGUUACCUAUAGACAUAUCAUCGAAUACUGUAUUCAAAUAUAGUCUAAUUGAUGCAUAGUUAGCUGUUUACGUUCACAUCUGCAGAACACUAUAACAAGAAAUUUAAAAAUGAUGUGAUGUGAUGUAAUAUUGGUCAAUAUUCAUAAAUGUGAGUACAAGAAAUGCAGAUGUGGCGAACCUUACAACUUGAAUUUAUAUCAAUACCAAAUAGAUCAAUUUAAUCAGGAGUAAAAGUUCCAAUUAAUUCUUGUGCUCUUUUUAUUUAUUGUAGUCGGUAACCAGUAGCGAUGGUCUUAUUAUUUUUGCAUUGUGUUGCUAUAGUAUUUUUCUUUUAAUUUUUUUUUUCUACAAAACAAUCUUGUUUGAUUAUUUUUUUGUUAUGGUGCAGAAAGAGGCAGAAUAUUUACACUUAUUUCAGUGAAAUUAAUGAAAAAGAUGACUAUUCAUCUAAACAACUUAAAAAAAAGUAAUGAAUUGAAAGAUCUAUGAAUCUCCCCAAAAUGCAGAACACUUUUGAAAUAUACCCUUGCUGUCAUGGAGCAUUAGGAGCAGUGCGACCACAGCAGUUUCUUAAGAUAAUUUGAAUUAAUUUCUUACUGAAUUGCAGUAACAGUUGUCUUUUGAUGUCAUGGGGUCAGUUACCACAACUCAAGACCUCAUCCCAAUCAUUCAGUUAGCUCUCAUUGUAAAAAACAGGUGUCUCCCAUGGAGCAAUCUCCAGUCUUAAACUCAUCAGGGUUAACUGUUAGCACCCUAGCAUCCUGGGGGUCUGGUGCACCCUUCGAUACCAAAGACCGCUUACCACCUCACCUACACCGCUCACGCCCAUCACGAACAACCCAGAACUAACAGACGGUCUAACCCCAGGAGACAUGACCUGUUUCCAACCAACAGAUUGUAAAUUGCAAUAAUAAAUAUGUACUUGCACCAAUGGUGCAACUCCAGCCAACUCAAGACCUUAACAGAAUUAUGCUCAAACAGAAGACCAACCCUACUAGAACAAUUUUGUUACCACCAAGUCAAGACCUAUUACAUGUCACUACCAUGGAGGGGGCACUUACACAGGAUGUUGACAAACUUUGAACAUCUAUGCACCACUCGGAAACACCUCUCAAGGGGAAUCUCGACCCUAUACUCCAUGCUCACAAUACGUAACAGCAACACACCUCUGGGGUACACAAACAAAUGGGAAAGGGACACGGGGAUGACUCUACACCACACAGGAAUGGGGCAAAAUCUUCACCCUUAAGCACAAAUGCUGUAUCAGUUUGAUACAUAAUUACUCACAUUUUGGUACAGGACACCGGACGUCCUGCACCGCAUGCACACUAAGAUACCUGACACAUGGCUAAGAGAUGGGAACCAAUAUUCACGUCUGGUGGUCAUACCCCUUCAUAGCCCCUUAUUAGGAAAUGAUCCGCUCCAAAAUACAGGAAAUCACUGACCAUACUUCUACACCACACCACCCAACCACUGAAAACAUACAAGAAAUCAUUAAAGGACCACUAUAGUGCCAGGAAAACAAAAACUUGUUUUCCUGGCACUAUGGGGUCAUUAGGUCCCCUCCACCCUCAGGGCUUCCCUUCAGCUACUCUGUGCUGAGGAACUCUCCACCCCCUGCUGACGUCAGAUCCGAAAGAGCAUGCGCAGCAAGAGCCGCGCGCGCAUUCAGACCGCCCAUAGGAAAGCAUUACUCUGUCAUUUUUCACAGUGAGAAUCGCAGAAGCGCCUCUAGCGGCUGUCAGUGAGAGCCACUAGAGGCUGGAUUAACCCUCAGUGAAACAUAGCAGUUUUCAGCUGCAGGGUUAAAACUAGAGGGACCUGGCACUCAAACCACUUAAUUGAGCUGAAGUGGUCUGGGUGCCUAUAGUGGUCCUUUUAAUACUCCCCCUACUUAAUGCUGCAAAGUCCUUAAUACCCACAUUUUGGAAGCGCCAGGAGGUGCCCACCCUCCAGCAGUGGGGAACGAGGGUGGAGGAAAUUUACUCAAUGGAAUCCUUGACUUCUGACCUAUGAGGUCAUUUUGAUGAAUGUGCCCUGACUUGGUUCCCUUAGGUGACCUAUAUCUUAGGAGUGGGCAGAGGGACGAACAGUAACCCGGUCCCGAACCCCACCUAAACAGGGUGACCGCUUACCUAGGUGCAGUGGACAUACGACUAACCAUCCUACUGGCUGGGGUGAGGGGGGAAACAUCCCCCUCUAUUCUGAAAAUCUUUGUUCCCAACCUCCUCCCCUUCUCUGACAGUACAAUUUUCAACCACCGUACACUUGACAUAGCCAGAGGACUGGCAGCCCUGACAGGGCCCCUAAACCAGCCGACGCCCAAGGUCUACUCCACAACCCAGACAGGGAUGGCUCUAGUCAAGGACAUGCCGCCCAGGGAUAGAAAACACGACCCUUCGCCCAUGGGCCACAAGGGCGAAGCUACUCCCUGGAAUGCGAAACCUGUAACACAAGACUAGACUAUACAACUGGCGAUAUACUUGGGUGUCGUCCCUGGAGAUACUACGCUUUCUGUAAGGUAAAAGUCAGGAAAGCGUUAUCUCAGGAGCACUAUUAAGCGUAGGGCGCGCCCCGCCACACGAUGGCCGAGCCGAAGGCUGUCGAUGGGGUCGUCGGGUGGCGGUGGGUGCUGAGUACCAGGUGAAACGUGUUUUAUGUGGCUAGCUUUCAUUGCAGUAAGUAUACUCUAAGAAAUCUGAGCCAGGCUACUAUGUAAAAAGCUCUACGCAGUGGUCCCUGAAUUAUCGUCUGAACAACGCAAAUGCAGGCUACCGAACUAUUACUCUGAAUUAUUCAAUACUUAUGCAAUGUGAAACGCACUGUUUGAUUCCGCAAGAAGAAUAUGUGAAUGCAUGUACCAAAUCUUUUUUUCCAUUCCUCAAACCUGACCUAACUAACAUCUUGUGAAUAUUGCAUUUUGCAUAUCCCAUUUUGGGAAUGUUUGUUCACAAUACUGUACUGUUUCAACACCUGUUACAUUGUCUUCUAAUUUUUCUGUAAUCCUAACCAAACUUGAAAAUUCUAAUAAACAAAGAUUGUCAAAAUAAAAACAAAUAAACAGGUGUCUCCUAUUCUAUAUACUGGUAAUAAAUUAUAAGUCAUUUUCCCUUUGUUUGUAAGUCCUGUCUUCUUUAACAAGUUCAUCAUCUGUUUGACAUUAUUUAUUAUUGUCCAAGUAACUAAAAAUUCAUGUUAAUAAAGUUAUGUCAUCUUCUAGAUGCAGCAUCAGCAAUUACCAGUGACAACAAGUCAUAAUCCAGUACUAGAUAUAAACAUCAAAGCUAUGUUGGAAGAAGCUCAACAGGAACCAAUACCUAAAGAUGAGACUGAUAAACAACCAUCACCCUCCUAGAUGUCCUUCGCUAAAUUAAUAGGCAUUCAAGAGACUCCGGACAGGACUAUACAUUUUAUAUUAUUGUUCUAUGUGAACAUGCUUUCUAAAUUAAAUAAUAAAAUUGCAUAUUUUCCAAUACUGUUUUCUUA